AUGGGAUCACCUUGGAAGCGCAGGGAUUCAAUGCACGGAAGAAUCACAGUUGAGGUUGAGCUCAAACGUAAAUGUACGCAAGACGGGUCAAUCAGUUUGGAGUUCAGGACUCGGGAGCAAGCGGACUGCUUACUGGUCUUGGGCAAUAUCGUAAUGCAAGGUCCGCGGACCGUAUGUCCCCAUUCUCCGACAUUUACCACCAACCUCAUUCACAAGCUAAGAAUAGCGCAUAAUGGCCGUGGGAUAUUGCUUUAUGUCGUCCGGGGAAUUGAGGCUUACAAUGGGGCUUGCGAUUGGGGCUUGCGAUUGGGGCUUACAACGGGGUUCCUGAACCUCACUGCAAGAUACGUCCAUGAUUGGUCAUAUACAUCUCUGCUGCCGGCUAUUGUCAACUUUCGGAUUGAGCCCCGGGGAGAUGAUCUUCAGAUCUCCCCGCAGAUGCUCCUCGUCACUGGUGAUCUACAUCUGCACGACACACUACCCAUCAUCCGGACCCCUCCCUCUCAGGUCACCAAAACGGGGUAG